GGUGGAUCGGAGUUAGAUGCCCAUUUAUUGCAUUACCUGGUGUCAACUUGAUUUGAUAGGCCUCCUGUGAUGGCCAAGAUGUUAAGGCUGAAGCACAUGCCGUGCUCAGGUUGACCAGGGUGCUCCAGACCUCGCUGAAUUCAGCAUUACACAACUCCAAGUUGAUAUAGAUGACAUCAACUUGUUGCUUUGUGGGGAUGGGGGCAUGCAGCAUGGCAGAUCACACAUGCCCUUGAAGAGGAUCAUGCGAUGCUUGAAGAAGGCCAGGGCGUUUCGGUAUCAAUGUCGUAUGCAUUGAGUCCUGCCCUUAAGGACUUCCUGGCUGGAGCUGCUGGUGGAUCUGCAAGCGUCCUUGCUGGACAUCCCCUGGAUACAAUACGUAUACGUUUGCAGCAUGGCACAUCUGGAGUUCCAGCCGCCAUCAUCAGGUCGCUGCUUGCACAGGAAGGGCCAAGAGCUUUCUUCAAAGGCGCUGCCUACCCUCUUAUGACUGUUGCUCUGCAGAGUGCAGUUGUGUUCCAAGCCUAUGGAGCAGCCUGCAGGGCCAUCACAGGCAGCACCCAGUCAGAUGCUCCCCUACCAUACUUCCAAGUCUGCUUUGCAGGCAUGUUUGCAGGGGCAGUGCAGACAUUGAUCUCAACGCCUGUUGACCUGCUGAAGAUUCGGCAGCAGCUGCAGCUGGUCCCCCCAGGAUCCCCCCUCUAUGUGGGCCCCCUGCAGCUGCUGCGCCACAUCAUCCGCCACGAGGGCCUCCCAGGGCUGUACAGGGGAGCCGGCAUAACACUGCUGAGGGACGUGCCGGCGCAUGCAAUCUACUUUACCUCCUACGAGGCCUGCCACGAGCUGUUCGCGCCCGGCAGCCGCGCCAGCGGGGAACAGACCGCGGCGGUGCAGCUGUUAGGUGGCGGUUUAGCUGGUGUGCUGAGCUGGCUGGGCAUCUAUCAUUUCGACGUCGUCAAGACCCGGCUGCAGUCUCAGCCGCGCGCAUCCUCACCGUAUUCAGGCGCGUUGUGGUGGAUGCAUUGCACGGCAGAGAGCUACCGGCAGGAGGGGCCACGGGUGUUCUUCAGGGGUCUUGGCACGACUCUAUGUCGGGCAUUUGUCGUCAAUGCAGUGCUGUUCUCUGUCUACGAGGCUGCUUUGAAGGCCCUGCACAGCCAUGACCCAGCCAAUGCUGCCUGA